AUGUCGAGUGGAGAGCCCACAACAAUGACACCGUCUCCAAGUGAACGCACUCCACUUCUCUCCAAUGGGUCCGGUGGGGCAGCAGAUGAUGGAGGGACUACUGUGACGAUCUCGAAGCAUAAUGACGGGGUGAGGAGAAUCGCGGAUUCGCUGCCGCUUUCUGUCUGGCUCAUUUCCACCAUCGAGCUGUGCGAACGAUUUGCCUAUUUUGGGACCAUCGCACCGAUGCAAAAUUAUAUCCAAAAUCCCAGGAAUGAUCCAUUACGACCGGGCGGAAUUGGGCUGGGACAGGCAUCUGCGACCAUGGUGAACCAGGCGUUCAUGCUGUGGUGUUAUAUCACUCCUGUACUUGGGGCCGUGGUUGCAGAACAGUAUAUUGGAAGAGUGAAAACUAUCAUUUAUUCCUCGUCAGUCUACCUCUGUGGAUUGGUAACUCUAUUUCUAUCUUCAUUGCCAACUGCAUAUGCGAUGGGAAUAUCUCUACCUGGAUUACUAGUGUCUUUAUUCUUAAUCGGUAUCGGCACUGGUGGUAUAAAAACAAACGUCAGUUCGCUAAUAGCAGAGCAAUAUACUGGUCCUAAGGAGUCCAGACGUAUUCUAAAGUCAGGCGAGGAAGUUAUAGUCGAUAGAGAUCUCACUAUUCAGAGGAUAUUCACAACGUUUUUCUUAUAUAUCAAUAUUGGAUCUUUCUCACCUCUACUCAUAACAAUAAUUGAGAAAGAGUACGGCUUUUCAGCAGCAUUUUCUCUGUCAGCUAUAACCUUUUCCAUUGGAUUUAUAAUAGUCCUGGUCAGCAGACAUCUAUACAUCAGCCGGGACCCUGAUAGCUCUAUCAUCUUCAACGCCUGCAAGGCAUUUUGGAUAGCUAUUAAGCAUAAGGGCAAUCUGGACUAUGCAAGACCAAGCUAUCAGACAGAACAAGCAGCAACCAGGAGGCUCUCCUGGGACGAUUCCUUCAUUGACGACUUACGGCGUGCUAUCGCUUCAUGCAAAAUCUUCAUCCUAUAUCCAAUCUAUUGGGCAGCCUAUUCACAAUUCCUAACGAAUUUUAUCUCCCAGGCCGCAACUAUGGAGACACACGGAGUGCCUAAUGAUAUUAUGACAAAUAUAGACCCUAUAACAGUCCUAAUUCUUCUUCCUGUUCUAGACCGCAUUGUAUUUCCUUUCCUACGAAGGCAGGGGGUUCCUGUUCGCCACGUGGAUAGAAUUACAAUAGGGUUCCUGGUGUGUGGCAUCUCAAUGUUGUAUGCUGCCUUUGUUCAACGAACUAUUUACGCUGCCCCUCCUUGCUACGACCACCCAAGAGCUCCAGACUGCAUGGGCGGGCAGGUCCCGAAUCGGGUUUCUGUAUUCCUCCAAUCGCCUGCGUACGUCUUAGUCGCAAUCUCAGAGAUACUAGCGUCUGUGGCAGGUGUCGAAUAUGCCUACACGCAAGCUCCCAAGUCAAUGAAAUCCCUGAUUAUGGCCGUGUACUUGUCUGCUGUAUCGGCUGGGGCACUGAUAGCAAUCACUGUGUCGCCACUAACAGUCGAUCCAAAGCUGCCAUGGAUGUAUUUCACUCUCGGGGUGGAGAACUUUCUAGCUGGUGCUUUUCUUUGGAUUUUCCCGGCCUGA